AUGAGUUCAUUCGAAAAACAAACAAACGGACCCUAAAUCCGAACCGCUUACUGCUGUUGCCAACCAUUCUAUGCUCUGCGCCCUAAUUUGUUCCUUCUCAUCUCCCUCCGGCGAACUUCUUCACGUUCUCGUCAUAAUCCGGCCGUAUCAAAUUUUUUUGAAGUUGUUAUUGGACAAGUAGCUGAGCGGAAUAGAAGAUCAUGGAAGAAGAGUUAACUGAUAUGCUUUUGGAGGCUGCUGGUAGAACAAAUACGGGCGGAAGGAAUCGCCCUCCUCCAUCGUCUAGGAGGCAUCAGAAGAGUUCAUAUUCUGACGAUGGAAGUGAUUCCAGGGACGCUGACUCCGAUGAUGAUUGUGGGUAUUCAGGUAGAAAGCUUUCCGGUUCACAAGUUGCUCUCAAGAAGGGAUUGGACCCUCCGGAAAGAGACGAUGGUCGUAGCAGUCGCAGAGAAGGUGUCGAUGAUGGAGAUGCUUAUGGUGAGAGGAGGAGAAAAAGUGAACGAGUAGAUGAGGAUGAAAGGGUUGUUAGGAGUGAGAGAAGAAGAAGAGAUGAACGCGAAGAUGACGCUGGAAGAGAUGAUAGGAGACAAAGGAAGGUGAAAGAUGAUGAAAAGGAUGAUAAGAAGGAGAGCAGAAAAAGUGAAAGCCAAGUUGUUGAUGAUGAUGAUGAAGGGGAUGAUAGGAGGAAGAGGAGGAGAAGACAUGAAGGUGAAGAUGGUGAUGUAAAGGAUGAUAGGAAGGAGAGGAGUCGAAGGAAUGUAGAUGAAAGGGAUGAUAGGAAGGAGAGGAGUCGAAGGAAUGUAGAUGAAAGGGAUGAUAGGAUGGAGAGGAGUCGAAGGAAUGUAGAUGAAAGGGAUGAUAGGAAGGAGAGGAGUCGAAGGAAUGUAGAUGAAAGGGAUGAUAGGAUGGAGAGGAGUCGAAGGAAUGUAGAUGAAAGGGAUGAUAGGAAGGAGAGGAGUCGAAGGAAUGUAGAUGAAAGGGAUGAUAGGAUGGAGAGGAGUCGAAGGAAUGUAGAUGAAAGGGAUGAUAGGAAGGAGAGGAGGAGACAGGAAGAUGAUGGUGAGAAGGUGCCUAAUAGAAGGGAGGAUGAGCACAGACCCAAGGGUAGGGUUGAUCGUUAUAAUGAUGGUAGAGAAGGGGAUAGGAAAGAUAGGAGGAGGGAUGUAGAAAGAGAAAAGAGGGUCGAUGAUAAGCAUGAAAAAGAUAAAAAUAGGAAAGCUAAUGCACAAGAGGAUGGGGCUUUGAAAGCCGGUGAGGAGGAUUCCAAGGUGCAAAAGCAAGAUGUUAAUUUGAAUAUGGACACAUCAAAGUUGGGCAGGAGCGGCGGUGUUUACAUUCCGCCAUUCAAAUUGGCUAGAAUGAUGAAGGAGGUUCAGGACAAGAGCAGUGUCGAGUACCAGAGGAUGACUUGGGAUGCUCUAAGGAAGAGCAUUAACGGGCUAGUGAAUAAAGUUAAUGCAGCAAACCUCAAAAACAUUAUCCCGGAGUUAUUUGCCGAAAACUUGAUUCGAGGGAGGGGUCUCUUUUGUAGAUCCUGUAUGAAGUCCCAAAUGGCUUCUCCAGGUUUUACUGAUGUCUUUGCGGCAUUGGUUGCCGUGGUUAACACCAAGUUCCCAGAAGUGGGUGAUCUUUUGUUAAGAAGGAUCAUACUGCAGCUGCAAAGGGCUUAUAAACGUAAUGAUAAGGUUCGUAUCUCUUGCUUUUAUGCUUGCAGGUCUUUUCUAUUUAUGCAAUAUAAUGUAUAUUUGUACAUUAUUGUUGUUUGGACGACAGAGAACAGA